ACAAAUCUCAUACAAAAGGCAGAAGAGCGAAAAGGAGAAAAUCUUAGGGAAGGGAAAAAGGAAAUACAAAGAUAGAGAGAAAACAGUGCUGCUUGAGGAAGAGAAGACAUACGCUGACAAUCAAGUGCAUCAGGUGUCACACAAGCAACAUGUCUCGACCACCAGGAAGAAAACAGGAGAACCACAAAAUAAGCAGAGAUCUUUUUGUACUCACGUAUGGGGCUUUAGUAGCCCAGCUAUGCAAGGACUAUGAAAAAGAUGAAGAUGUCAACACCUGCUUAGACAGAAUGGGAUAUGGCAUUGGCGUAAGGCUGAUCGAUGAUUUUUUGGCUCGUUCAGCUGUGAAAAAGUGCCGCAGUUAUUCUGAAACUGCAGACAUGAUUGCACAGGUUGCUUUUAAGAUGUACCUUGGGGUCACGCCUAGCGUGAGCUGCAAUAGCUCAGCAGGAAAUGAAUUCUCCUUAAUCCUGGACAAAAAUCCACUGGUGGACUUUGUGGAGGAGCUGCCAGCAGAACGAGCUUCACUUUGCUACUGUAACCUCCUCUGUGGGGUGAUUCGAGGUGCCCUGGAAAUGGUUCACUUAGCAGCAGAAGUUACCUUCCUCCAGGACAGGCUGAAGGGCGAUGCUGUGACAGAAAUAGGAAUUACGUUUUUAAGGAAGGCUGAAGACCGAAAACACAAAAGAAAUAAAUGAAAGAAAUACGGGGAGAAACCCUUGCUGUGGAAUAUUUUGUGAAGUUUCUGAAGAAAGCACACAGGGUAAAAAUAGCUUCCCUGAGCCACCUGCACCAGUCGUACAUUUGAAAGGUGAAAAUAGCCAGGCAGCAAACCAGAGGGGCAGAGCAGCAGGAGAGCAAUGUUCAUCAUCAUGACAGAGAUAUCAACAUAAAAGAGCAAAGUGGGCUGCCCUUCCUUCUUGCAUAAUCAUGCUUUUGGGCUCAAUGGAAGUUUUAUUUUGGUAUUUAGCGCAUUCUGGAUGCAAAAUAUUCACACAUACACCAGCUGUUUUCAGCUAUAUGUGACCAACUUUUACCAUUUUUUUUUUUUUUUUUUUUGCCAGUAAUAUUUCAAAGGACGGUUGCUAGGAGUGUUUUAUUUCCCUGGCUGUUUGGUUAUGAAUAAUGAAUUUGUUUAUAGUGACUGCUGUACACAGCAUCUUGCUGUCUGAUGCCUGUUUUGAUGUGUCAAUGGUUUGCCAUACAUUAUCCUCCACACCUCCUGCUCUCUUUGAAACCAGAGAGGGAUGCUGCUUCACUCAUGGCAGGACUAAGUUCUGCAUGGCUCUUUCAAACACCAAAAUACAGUUUUGCUGGCAUGCCUGUUCAACCCCAUGCACAACAAUGCUUGUGUUUCUUCAAGUUAUAGGCCUUUUCGUGUCAGUCUUCUCUUCAAGAACAUGGAUCUUAUGACCAAACUGAACAAAGCAUGGUGUAGUUAACAUAUAGUCACUGUGGAUCUGUACUUCACCUAAGGAAAUCUGAAU